AUGAAGACCUCAACUUCAGCCCUGCUCGCGGUCACAAGCGUGACAUAUGUUGCCGCUCAGUUUGAUUGCAACGACCCUGGUGUUAUCUGCCCGGACACGCAAGAGUGGUUUGACCGUUUGCCGGAGCCUCUGGUCGACUGCGAUGCCGACUUCCGCCCCGAAUGGGAAGAUUGCCAGUCUACUAUUGACUACUGGUUCGGUGAUAAGGAGGACUGGAGCACCGACACGAUCCACACGAACGGCGAAGAUGGUUUACCGACGCCGUCCUGCCGUUGGUGGUUCUGGGAGGACGGCAACUGUCGGAUCACGCACUGCUUCACCGAUCAGGCGCCUGCUGGAGAUAAAGCCAUCUACAGCUACUUCAAGAAGGACUACAACGCCAUCCGCGACAGGUGCCCGAGAUUCCGGGCUGGCGGCUUCGUUACGGAGAUUGGCGGCGACUUCAGGAACUUCCUCGAGGUUACCAAUGAUGAGGACAGCAACGGCGAAGGCGAAGUAUCUGGGGACCCCGGCAAGGUGAAGCUGAGGCCCCGUCUCUCAGAGAAUGGCUUUCAGACAGGCGACCUCACCCUCGAAGAAUAUGAGGAGUGGGCCGUCCACCGCAAGCCGUCCCGUGAGAAAACGACAAACAACAAGGAUAACGUCCAGUCAAAGGCCAAGAGCAAGCGAGACGAUGACGACGAUGACUAUCUGAUCCUUUUCACGGCCAAGAACGUUCGACAGCCGGGGGUCUACGACCGUGGUCCCCGCAUGUCGCCCGGCGUCGGUUACACUUACACCAAAACUGACGGAUACUCGGUAACGACGUCGGUCAGCGCCGAGAUUGGCGGUGCUUUCAAGAUGUUCACCGCCGGUAUCAGCUCGUCGGUCGAAGAGACCGAGAGCGUUGAGGUCAGCGAGUCGAUGAAGUACGACGUGCCCUGCAACAACGGGCAGACGGGACAGGUGCACUGGCAUCCUCUCUUUGACUUUUACGAGGUCGAAUUCUUCCCCAGCGGCACCAUUGCUGAGAUCUGGCUUCCCGUUAAGGGCAGUGACGACUUUGCCGCUGGCGAGUUCGCCAUCAACUGCCUUGGUUAA